AUGCAACCGGACACAGUCAAGCAGGAGCCGGAAAUCGAUUCUCCAAGCUCAAAUGUAAAGCCCGCAACGUCUGCGAAUCCGGCGAAUGGACGUCCAGCGAAUGGUAAAGCAGUCCAGAAUGGCACCUCCAUUGGCCAGUUUCCGCCUCCCAAGACUGACAAGCCCCGUCCGCAUGUCUGCACAACAUGUAAUCGAUCCUUUGCGCGACUGGAGCAUCUGAAACGACACGAAAGAUCGCAUACCAAAGAGAAGCCAUUUGAGUGUCCGGAGUGUACACGAUGUUUCGCGAGACGAGAUUUGUUGCUGCGCCAUCAGCAGAAGCUGCAUAUGACCAAUGCCACAACCCGUCCACGACAAGGUCGGAGGGAGAGCGUUGGCGGAGCUGGGAUCAAUGGCAAUAGUAGAGUGCGCAAGAACUCGGUUGCAAACGCGAAUGUUGGUGGCGCUGCUCGCAACCUUGCACAAGGGCGUCCCAGGGCAAACACAAUUAGCCACAUCGAUAUGGCGUUGCUAGGUAUCUUCGACGGCAACAACCCACACUUGAACCGAUUGAACGCACUGGGACUCAAUGGGCUGCAUGAAAACCACAUGGCCAUGAACGGCCUUCCAGGAGCAGGCAAUUUUGACUACCGUGGUAUGUCAACGGCGAUGGGCCAUCACGGCAACAUUCACGGUCUUCCAAAGCUUGACACUCACAUCAACAACCUGGACAUGUCGACUUCCCUGCAGACUGCACCACCACGCGCCAACUUUGGCGGGUUUGACAUAGAUCAGCUGUUUACACCGCACACGACGAUCAACCCAGCUGCGUUGCAUUUCGGUGGCGCCGGCUCGAUACCAUCCUCAAACAUACCAUUUGGGUACGAUCCGGCGACCAAUCAGCAGGUACCGAUUGACGAAGAUUUCGGAUGGAUGCGCAACUGGAAUAUGCAUCUGGGCAAUGGCAACGACAACGAUCAAGCUAUUGAUGAAUCGUCUCCCUCAAGAAUCAGCAGUGGAGAUAGCCCAGGCGACUUCUCCGAGAACAUGAGCAACAGCCAGGCAGCCAUGCCAGUCCGACACAAUAGCUACCAGUGGCCGCAGCAUGAUAUGCAACAGCAGCAGAACAUGUCUGGCGCACCAUUCCAGCUCGAGGCGCUUGGGAACGGACUACCGCGUCUAGAGGCUGCCAAUGGAACCAUAUCGCCUUCCAGCUUGCAUGAUCCAACUCCUACUGGCGACGCGUACUUUCAACAGGCUAUGAUGCAUCAGGCUGGGCAAAGCCAACAUCAGCACCACCAGUCGUUAUCAGAAAUCAUGCACAGCCAGAAUGGCGCUGCGGCGUUCGGGCACACUCUGUCCCAAUUUGAUUCCAAUAGUCCUAGCAUCGCUUCAUCCUCCAUGGCCGGGAGCGCUCGACAAAGCUCGGUGACAUCUAUGUCCACAGACUCGAUCACCGAUUCCACGCGGCAAGCACUUCUGAGCAGUCUGGCGCAACCUUCUGUAGUGGGCGGACACAACCAUCGCAAGUACUCGCAGCCAUCUGUGAGCUCGCCAUUGUCUCCAGCAGCAGCAAAUCGGGGCAAUAUGCAGAGCCAGGGAGCCAACCUCCCGGGUACAGCUGACAUUAAGAGGUACAUCGAAGCCUUCAUUCAAUAUGCGCAUCCACAUCUGCCAAUCGCGCAUAUAGCUACUUUGUCGUUCGAUGUCAUUGAGACUAACAGUGGACCACGAGGAACGCCUCCCUCCACAAAUCCUGCGCACAACGCCUUUACUGGUGGCGCCCGUUGCCUCAUACUGGGAAUGGCAGCAAUUGGUGCCUUGUACGAAUACGAUCAUCCAGCGUCAAAGGAUCUGUUCGAGGCAGCCAAGAAGAUGAUUCAGCUUUACCUCGAAGAAAGGCGCAAGGCGGAUAUCUCUGCUGCCGCCAACCGGUCCAGUGCAGCCAGCGAGACCCCACUGUGGCUUGUCCAGGCGAUGCUACUAACAGUCAUAUAUGGCCAUCAUUGCGGUGAUCGGAUCGCUGCCGAUAUUGCCAGCAACCACAUCGCCGCGUUGGUCAGCCUGGCAAGAGCAGCAAAUCUCGCACAGCCACGCACAGAUGGCUCUCCCCCAGCAGCAGGUGAUGGUUCGGAGAGGAAUGGCGACGUGGAAAUGGGCGACCACAAUACAACGAACGGCACUUCCAGCCACGAGGGUGACCUGCACGCGCAAUGGAUUAAGUGGAAGACUGGAGAAGAGCGCAAGCGAUGCCUGUUUGCCAUUUUCAUCCUAUCAAGUCUGCUCACAACUGCAUACAACCAGACGCCAACCAUCAUGAAUUCUGAGAUUCUCCUCGAUCUGCCAUGCGCAGAGGAGCUUUAUGAAGCUCGGAGUGCUGAGGAGUGGCAGGCACGCGGCGGUUUGGCAGCUUCAGAGGCCAGCUCGAUCUCCUUUGCCAAUGCCUUGAGCUUUCUUCUGACAGCAAGUCAACGACAAGGAAACAAAUUCGCGCCCAGUGCAUACAAUAGCUGCAGCGAGACGGGCACAUUGCAAUCCGGCGAGGAAGAACUGAAGCCCAGCACUUUCGGUUGCCACGUCCUCAUCAAUGCCUUACAUAACUACAUUUGGGAGACAAGAAGCCGCCAUGCGAACAAGGACUGGACCGUUCAGGAGACUGAGUCGAUGGUCACUAACAUCGAGCCUGCGCUGAAUGCUUGGCAGGUCGCCUGGAAGGCGAAUCCUCAUCACAAGCUCGAAAGGCCAAAUCCGUUUGGCUGUGGACCGCUCUCUGCUGACAGCAUUCCGCUUCUCGAUCUUGCGUUCGUGCGUUUAUACGUCAAUCUUGGGCGCACGGCUGAGGCAUUCUGGCGUCGCGACUUUGACCAAAUGGCCGAGGAGCUUGCCAACGAGUACGAAGGUCCUCCAUCCGACAGCAAAGCGCGCACGGGCUCUACAUCUGCGAAGUCUUCAUCAGCUGCCCUCCGAAGAGCAUCGCAGCUGCAGGGAGGUGACGAUCAAGCCUCUACACGCCGUGAACGACACUUGCGCAAGGCCGCGUAUUACUCGGCGGACGCGCUCACAAUUGCCUGCAGCUACAACAUGACUUAUGCCGAUCCGACUGCGCAUGAGCUGCCGAUCCAAUCGGCAAUCUGCUUUUUCGACUGCACUCAAGUACUCGCAGAGUGGUGCACCACCAUCCAGGAGCGAGCAGGCCGCUUUCUGGGAAUCCUUGGACGCGAUGCCAUCGACUACAGUCAAGUGCCGGCCAUCAUGCUCCUCGAGAAUGAAGAUGUAGACCUGCUGCGUAAGAUCGAAAGCAUUUGCAAUAGCUUGGAGGAGAAGAGGAUGCAGCAAGAGAACCUACUCAUGAUGGAUCCACAUCACGCUGGGAGUACAUCUGCUUCUCUGGCCAAUGGCAUUGAUCUGAGCUCUUGCGGUCUCGGCAGCAAGGUGUUGAGAGUCACUGCCAUGAUGUUGGAAAAGGCCGUCAUUUGGCCAAUCACUCACGUCAUGGCAAAAGCACUCGAGACAGAGGCUUCACAUAUGGAUCGACGUGCCGCAGCAUCAUGCAUGCAAUGA